GGCAUUGCGGCACGACCGACUAUUUUCCGCGACUCAGUAGCCACGUCUGGGCAUGCGCAGAGAAAGAGCUGAGGCACGCGAGGGUCUUGGAAUUUCCUUAAAAUUUUAUUGCUUUAGUUUUGUUUUCCCGCUGGUUUAGAAGAGCGACCGGAAACCUCAAGUAGAGGAGACAGGAUUCUGGUUGCGGAAGCACGGGUUGGCCUGAUGAACCUUCAGUCAGAAAUUGCCCGAAGCCAAAGAGUAGUCAGAAAAGCCUUCUCGAGGUGAGAAACGAAGGUUCUGCCUUCCGAGAGCCUGGCUGAAGAAGAUGACUGAAGAUCAGACUUUGCUUGCCGUGCAGGAGGCCCUGAGGAAGUGCUUUCCCGUGGUGCAGGAGCAGCAGGGCUUGUGGCAGAGUGCUCUGAGAGAGUGCCCGCCCCUCCUGGCCUCUCUUAGCAACCUGGCAGAGCAGCUGCAAGCCGCACAGAACCUGCGAUUUGAGGAUGUGCCCUCACUUCGGGCCUUCCCGGACUUAAAGGAGCGGCUGAGGCGCAAGCAGCUGGCGGCUGGUGACACUAUCCUGGACAAGCUAGGAGAGAGGCUAACCACCCUCCUCAAGGUGCGUGAUGUGGUCAGCAGCCACGUGGAGCGCGUGCUUCAGAUCUAUGAGCAGCACGCAGACACGAUUGGCCUCGAUGCUGUCUUACAGGCUUCAGCUGCGAGCCCCUCUGUGGCUGAAAUGUUGGAGUGGUUGCAGGACAUUGAGAGGCAUUAUCGGAAUUCGUACCUGAAGAGGAAGUACCUCCUGUCCUCAAUCCAGUGGGAAGACUUGGGAAACAUCCAAGCUUUGCCCAGAGCCUGGGACCGAAUCUCAGAAGAUGAACACCCGGACCUUGUACGAGGUGCUGGUUUUCAUGUAGCCCUUCGUGUCUGCUCCUCUCCUUUCUGUGUCUAGCCUCUAUGGAAGCAUGAAGAAUUUCCCUCUCCUGGUGCCUCUAGCUUUUACAAAUCUGGUGUUUUGUGUUUUCUGGAGAGCUGGUAUGCCACAUGUUCUUUCUCUUCCUGUUCUAGAUGUCCUCUUGAAUGUUUCCUUCUUCCUGGAAGAGUGAAGAAGCCGUGUGUUUAUUGGGAGACUAGGGGGACACAGGUGAAGACCGACAUUGCUGCCCUCUGAUAUGUCUAAAGAAAUGUCAGUACGGCGUCCUGACUUACUGGAAGUGUCAGUGCCCAGCGCCUGAGGACUGGCUCUUCAGAGGAUUCUGCUGGACAUUCCUGAUGUUGGGGCUGCUUCAUGCUGGGUCAGGGGUGAGGGUACACGGUCACCCCUUGCCCUUUCCUAAGACUCAGGAGAGUGGACAGAGGCAGAGAGGAUGCAGGAAAGGUGGUGCAGAAGAACGCCAGGGACAGAAGCAACAGCUACAGAAGUGGUGAGGAAGGAAAGGGCCGGGGUAGAGUGGGCUCCACCCCCAGCAUCAUCCAAAGCCCUGAGCCUCGUUGACCCCAGGGCCUGGUCUCCUCUCCUUUUGUCAGUACCUGACUCCUUGAUGGAAAAAAGUGUGGCUUUGAUGAUUUAAAGAAGUGGAGGUGAUGUUGAUGGAAAACUCAUUGUUUUCCAGUUGCAACGGCUCCUUAUCAUCAGGACACUUUCUAGAGUCUUCCACCAGGGGGAGGUGAAGCAGCAUGGAUUCUGAGUGUUUUGUGUUUGGAGCUGUUCCUUGUUGCUCUUACUGACAGUAAGUAACUGGGGAUAGUGGGGCUCUUAAAAUAACAGGGUUUUCUUUUUACCAAAGCCAGCAGCCAAUUUGCUACAGGCCCCUGAUCUUGGAGUAGCUGCAUGGAUGGGAGGUCACUAGCCCAGAGUCAGGCAAUCAGGAUUGUGUUUCUGAGACCCAGUGCCUUCAACUGUGAAAUGGUCAUGGUCCUUGCAGACCUGUCAGCUUCCUGGGCUGGUUAAAAAUCUCGGUCAAAGUGAAAAUGACUUUUUAAGUUACAGGAAUGAUGAUAUGCUUUUUAAGAAAUUAUAGAAAAAUUGUGGAAGACAUUUAAAAUGUAGAAAAGCAUAAAACGAACUCUAUCAGAUAUUUUAUAUGUAUCUUUUCAGCAUCCAUAGUCACAAUUUUCUUAACAAAACAAUUUGGGUAUCAUUGAUACAUACUGUUUUUCAAAUUGUCUUUAAAAAGCACCUUUAUAUAGUUUGGCUAGUUUUUCAUAUCUCUCUGAAUAUAGCUCAACACAAUUAUAUAUACCAUUCUAUGGAUUAUUAUAGUCUUAUGUUUUACAUGUAUUUUUUAAGUCUUCAUGUUUUUCUACCUGUGCGUGCAUGCUAAGUCGCUUCAGUCGUGUCCAA